ACCACGAGGUCAACAUAGCGCGCCGUGCGGGGGGAGACUCUAUGCCAGGUCGGGAACAAUUGUAUCUCCAUGGUAACUGACAACACCGUCAAACGUGGGACAUGGAGGUGAGUGCAUUACCUGGUAUUUACUUCUUUUGGGUGAAAGUAGGCAGAACAUGUGUUCACAUUAUCUUCGCUUCUUAUUCAACGCUGCCUCGGCGAAUAGGUCUGGCAUAGACAAACACUUUCAUGACUGCAAAACGUGUUUUUGGAGAAAGCGAAAACUUGACAGUCUAGCCGAAAAUCUAACAAGAACCUAUCACCCUUUCCCUUUUAUAAUUCACAAGAUCAACAAUCAUCUACAACUACUAACCUAUCAUUUGUUUAAAUGUAGGCCUACAAAAAUAGGUACAUUUGAACUCAUUUAACUUUGGGUAAAUCCUAACAGGAGGUUUUUUUUUUUUACGAUUAAAAAACAUAAGAAAAAACAUGUAGGCUAAUAUUCGAUUCAACAUUUUUGGAAAUAUAUGGCUUGAAUUUCUACUUGUUAAUGUGUGAGCAUAGAAAGUCCAAGACCUUAUGUAUUUAUGUAUGUAUGUAUGUAUGUAUGUAUGUAUGUAUGUAUGUAUGUAUGUAUGUAUGUAUGCAUGUAUGUGUUUUGAUCCAUCUGUAGACUAAUUUCUUUCAUUAGGGCCUUCUUAAAGCAGUGCAUGCCUGAAAUUACCCUAAAGUCCCCUAAGGUGAGAGGGACAAACAAAAAGGUUUUGAAUUUUCCUGCAAGUCUACUCCAAACAUUGUUGAAGUGAUUUUCUUUUCUUUUUUUUUUCUUUUUCAAAAGUACAAGGAAAGUAAAGGCAAAUCUUUACUGUUUAUUUUCUUUACUUUCAGUUUCCUUUUGAGAAGGUCGACAUUACUAGAGCAUGAUUUCAGGUGCUAUUAUUCGUCCUAGAUGAUAAUGUAAGGCAGAUCCGGUCCCAUCCAUUGCCCUCCCCUGUUCUUUAUAAAUCAGUUUGUAUCAUAUACAAUCUUCCAGAGGUACUAGAAUCACAUUCCCCCUGCUGUUGAAAAAUGCCACCUGCAGCAACAUGGCUUUAUGUUUCUAAAGAAUACAGUUUGAUCUUUUGUUUUUCAGUCUCAGCCUCUGACAUACCCAUUGAAGUGUGAGUACUGUGGAGAAAAACCCAAGCCUUCAUUGAUUCUAAUAGGGAUAUUAGAAUCAAUGAACUGACCAAGCCUCUGGGCAGACUCAAUGUCCAUAUUUGUUCCAUCCAAGCCCAAAUCUUUAGAAAGCAUUUGUCACACCUUUUUCUCUGAUUCACUGCAACUCUCUCCUUUCUAAUCAGCAAUGCCAUUGGUUAAAAUGUUUGUUCUCCUGCUCUGGUUCCUCCUGCUCUGCUCCAUGCUCUCUGUGCAUAAUAGAGGAGUGUAAAGACAAAUCUGACAUUGGUACAUGCUAAGGAAAUAAAUACAUUGUAUAGAAAUGUGCAAGUAAUUAUGAAAUAUUACAGUCCCUUUCAGGUUGGUCUGGUUUUCUCUCUGCUUUUUUCAAUGAAAAGUGAAAAGUAAGAGUUUUCUAAAUUUAAAGACACAUAGCUUGUGAGUUAGGUGUUUGAUGUAUUUAUAACAGUGCUGAUAAGAGAAAAUAUGGGAUAUUUGGUAACAGGGGCAUAAAUAAUGACUCACAAGCUCCUGUCUGUCUGAGACUGAUGACAUUGCAGUUCAUGGUCAUUGCUGUUAAUCCAGUGGAUUGGGUUUCUGGGAUUGGUAAACUCAAAGGGAAGACCAAUAUGCAGGUGUUUAAAGACAGUGUGGUGUGUACAGCCCUGAGGCAAAUGGACUGAAGUCAAAAAAGUUACUUCAACAUUUGGAUCUUCAUUAUUGAAUUCGGGAUCAAUAAAGUUCUUCCAAUCAUAUCUAAUUUACUUCUGUAAACUGCUAAUAUUCUUGUUCAUAUCAUUCAUGAAAAGCCCCAAAGUGUAAAAAAGAAGUCCUUUUGGCAGAGUUCAGUCACACAAGCACAAGACUUUAAAUAUGGCUUUUUCCUAUUUCAGACUUGCAGAGAAAUGGUUGAGCCAUGGUGCCACCAUGUGGACACUCAUUGCCACUGACAGAGGCUGAAUUAGUUUUUUAUUUUAUUAAAAAGGUCAAACAAUACCAUCCUUAUUUCAAGUCAGAAUAAAUCUGUUAGGUUUAUCAAGCUGAGAGUAAUUCAUUCAUCUUCGUACACCAUAAGUUACAUAGUUUUGAACCUUACAACCCAAGGCCUUUCAGAAGCAAAUUUAAAAGUGAUGUUUGCAAAGAUGACACGGAAUCUCAGACAAACAUGCACUGAAUUUUUUGCCCUCUGGGAUUAAAUACAGGCAAGACACUGAACUUUUGCAUCAACUGAUCACCUCACACAUCCAAAGACACUUGUUGAAAGCCAAGCUUGGUAAAACAUCACUGAAAUUUUCAGGAUAGCCAAAAGACCAGACAAACAUUAGUUUUUCCUCCAAAACCUUUAUUUAGAACAUUCAGCAUGAUUAAACUGGAGGGCGAGGGUAAAAUAGAGGGAAGUUGGGUGGGAAGGGUAGGAAUGGAAAGGGAGGUCCAGGGACAGGAGGAUAGAAAUUUGGUGGCAGGCCUGCAGGUGAUGGAGUUUUCGGGGCAUCUGUGGUAGGAGCUUUGGUGGUGGUGGUUGUAGUAGUGGUAGGUGUUGUCGUAGUAGUUUUAGGAGUUGGAUACUGGGGAUAGGGAGGGACAAAAGGAGGGUAGAAAGGAGGAUAGAUAGGAAAAAAUGGUGGAAACUGUGGUGGCUGUUUGGCAGCUUCUUUGGUUGUAGUUGACUGAGUGGUUGCAGCUUGGGUAGUUGUAGAUUGAGUCGUUGUGGGUGUGGUGGAGGAUUGAGUUUUGGGUGCGGCGGUUGUUGUAGGCAACUGGAAGGGAGGGUAGUACAUCGGGUAGAAAGGAUAAGGAUACAUUGGGGGCUGAUGUGGUUUUGCUGGAGUGGUUGUGGUGGUGGUGGUGGUGACCCCCUUUGAAGGGUGCUGAGGAACCUGAGGGUGCUGAGGAACCUGAGGAUUCUGAGGAACCUGAGGAUUCUGAGGAACCUGAGGAUUCUGAGGAACCUGAGGAACCUGAGGAUUCUGAGGAACCUGAGGAACCUGAGGAACCUGAGGAACCUGAGGGUGCUGAGGAUUCUGAGGGUGCUGAGGAUUCUGAGGAACCUGAGGGUGCUGAGGAUUCUGUGGAACCUGUGGAACCUGGGGAUGCUGUGGAACCUGAGGGUGCUGAGGAUACUGUGGAACCUGAGGAUACUGUGGAUAGUAAUAGGAUGGAAGAGCUUUGGGAUGUGAGGAAUAUGGAUGCAUGCCAUAUUGUGGAAAGACAGGCAUCUGGGGCAUUUGCUGAUAUGAAGGAUGAAGAGGUGUCUGAGGUGCAGGAGCUGCAGAUUUGGGACACCAGAGAGAAACAGGAAUUCCCUGCCAACGCAUUGGGAGCACAUAAUUCCCACCCUUUGAAGCAAAGAGAAAGCAAAUUAGAAACCAAUUUUCAAUUGUUGACCAAUGUGUUAUAGCAUGACAAAACCAAGCAAUACACUAUCAGUUUAAAAACAAUGAGCUGGCGACAAUGGCAAUGACAAAUGCAUACGCUCUCUCGUGUCUUAAACACUUAGUUUUAUAUCCAAGCCCAAACAUUUAACUUUGCCAGAUUUUUAAGUUACCACCUCUCUUCACUCCAGUAUGACUAGAGCAAGAUUAUAUUACAUUUCAGGAAACAUUACCUCUUGAACCAUGUUGCAGCCAUCAUAGGGGACAGACAUAUCUAGUGCAAAAGGGUUCCUCUGCAUGUUGUAGCCACAGGUGGACGGGACCUGCGACAAAGGCAUUGGUGGUGCAUUCCCUGGGUGGAGAAAUUCUCAGUGAGUGCCAACAUUGAACAGGUGAUACUAGGAAGUGAUUAGAAAAUUAAAAAAAAACAAAUAAUUUAUUAGGCUCAUUACCGCGUUCCACUGUAAAUUGUGAGACACCUGGUCCCACAGCUCUGAACUUCAACUGGUCCCCACCACACUGCAGGGACGGCGCCAUGCGCUUCCAUAAUGCUUCUUUGCUGCCAGUAUCUUGCAUGUAUCCCUUUGACCACCCUAAGAAGAAGCAAUGCGCACAUUAAUAUAAUAUGCAAUUUAAACCAAACAAACACUUAGAUGAAUUUAUAGGGAGAACUCAAGACUUUACCUGCAAAGUCAGCUUGAUAGGCAGCAUCAUCCUCUGUGGAGGAGUUUGACGAAGAUUUCUUGGUCCCUUGGAUCACCUGUGGGUCAAGGCCGGAUGCUUCCUCAAAACUUCUCCCGAAAACGAUUCUCCCCCCUUGAAAGGCAGUUUCUUUGGUUGCAUCAGCUUCUUUUCGUCCUUCUCUUCUCUCGGUUUUCCUCAAUCGGUAACAAUCUAUCGUUUGCACCAAACAACACGUAAGAAUCACUGCGGCAGCCAAGCACACGGAGGCACUCGUCUCUUUUCCUUUGCGUAUCAUUUUUUUUUGAGACUCCUGUGAAUGUAAGAGCUACCAGCCUCUGCACUGCCGCGGCUUUUUGACUUGCUUCUGGAAAUGUCAGCGCGUUUAACAGGAGCCGUGACAGCCAAUCAGAGAGCGACGCGAGCGGAUCCAAUUGUUCUCUAAUCAGGUGGCAUCAUUUCCACCUGGGCAGUGUCGUAGGUACCACGAGGUCAACAUAGCGCGCCGUGCAGGGGGGAGACUCUAUGCCAGGUUGGGAACAAUUGUAUCUCCAUGGUAACUGACAACACCGUCAAACGUGGGACAUGGAGGUGAGUGCAUUACCUGGUGUUUACUUCUUUUGGGUGAAAGUAGGCAGAACAUGUGUUCACAUUAUCUUCGCUUCUUAUUCAACGCUGCCUCGGCGAAUAGGUCUGGCAUAGAUAAACACUUUAAUGACUGCAAAACGUGUUUUUGGAGAAAGCGAAAACUUAACAGUCUAGCCGAAAAUCUAACAAGAGCCUAUCACCCUUUCCCUUUUAUAAUUCAUAAGAUCAACAAUCAUCUACAACUACUAACCUAUCAUUUGUUUAAAUGUUGGCCUACAAAAAUAGGUACAUUUGAACUCAGUUGCUAUCAGUUAACUUUGGGUAAAUCCUAACAGGAGGUAUUUUUUUAACGAUUAAAAAACAUAAGAAAAAACAUGUAGGCUAAUAUUCGAUUCAACAUUUUUGGAAAUAUAUGGCUUGAACUUGUACUUGUUAAUGUGUGAGCAUAGAAAGUCCAAGACCUUCUGUCUGUCUGUCUGUCUGUCUGUAUGUAUGUAUGUAUGUAUGUAUGUAUGUGUGUAUGUAUGUAUGUAUGUAUGUAUGUAUGUAUGUAUGUAUGUAUGUAUGCAUGUAUGCAUGUAUGUGUUUUGAUCCAUCUGUUGACUAAAUUCUUUCAUUUGGGCCUUCUAAAAGCAGCGCAUGCCUGAAAUUACCCUAAAGUCCCCUAAAGUGAGAGGGACAAACAAAAAGGUUUUGAAUUUUCCUGCAAGUCUACUCCAAACAUUGUUGAAGUGAUUUUCUUUUCUUUUUUUUCUUUUUCAAAAGUACAAGGAAAGUAAAGGCAAAUCUUUACUGUUUAUUUUCUUUACUUUCCGUUCCCUUUUGAGAAGGUUGACAUCACUAGAGCAUGAUUUCAGGUGCUAUUAUUCGUCCUAGAUGAUAAUGUAAGGCAGAUCCAGUCCCAUCCAUUGCCCUCCCUUGUUCUUUAUAAAUCAGUUUGUAUCAGAUAUUUCAAACUCUGUAUGUAUCUCAGAGGAAACCAGAUAUGUGGCCCCAGUCUGUCAAUGAUCUGCCCACCUUUGGUAUCAGAGCAGCGGGAGUUCUGAAGUACAAGAGGGAGUCUGAUGAGCGCAACAUAAACUUCACGAAUCUUCUAGAGGUACUGAGAUCACAUUCCCCCUGCUACUGAAAAAUGCCACCUGCAGCAACAUGGCUUUAUAUUUCUGAAGAAUACAGUUUGAUCUUUUGUUUUUCAGUCUCAGCCUCUGACAUACCCACUGAAGUGUGAGUACUGUGGAGAAAAACCCAAGCCUUCAUUGAUUCUAAUAGGGAUACAGGGGCUUGAGGUGAGGGAGACAUGAAUAAAUACACAAAAACAAAAAAAUAUUGAUGCCUCAUGUACAACUAACCUCUUUCAUUCGCUCUUGUGUGGCUGUCACAGACAGUCCCACCUUGCUGUGAACGCUGGCAGCAGCUGUGGGAGACAUUGAACAGACUGAGACAUUUGGCUGAGGGAAGAAGUGACCUGAGAGCUGGUGGUUCAUCAUUGGAAGACAACAAGCUUUCAGAAGAGGGGGAUGAGCUUUACCUCAAAGGCAGAGAGAAAGGCAAAUUCAAAUUCAACUUUAUUUUUAUGGCACUUUUUGUACAUGCUUGCAUUUCAAAGAAAGAACUACUGUUCCUUUGGGAAACAAUGGAGCUCAAAAUAAUUACAGAAAGAAAAAAACCUGAUGGACUAAGGCAGGAAGAGAUCAUAUAAAAUGAACAAAUAAGUAUGAGCUCUUUAGCAUGUAGAUGGGGUAAAAGAAGUAAAAACCUCACUGGAGGGCACUUUGGAGUGAAUUUACAUCAUAAAAAUGCUCUCAUGUUUUAUUCUCAAAGAUAGUAAGAUAUAAUAAACUAAAAUAAAAGAAAACUUUGAAUGCUUUAUUAGAUAACAACCAGGAUUGGAGAAACGGAGAGUAUACAAUCUACACACCUGGGCCCAAACCCUGUGAGUGUUCAGAAUGUUUGUCAAACAUAAUCUGCUUGUAAUUCAAAUCAUUGAAACAACUAAAAUGUUUUCUCAGUUUUGUAAAACUGAUAUUUUCCUUUGUGUGUUUGAUAAGUACCUCAGUCAUCAAGGGUUCUCAGGUUUCAGUACUCCUCUGAAGGGAACUGGACUGUGCCUUCCGGUGCCCUGACUGUGAAACACCUGGUAGUGAAAGAGAAAGAGGAGCAGGUGCUGCCUCCAGUCUGCAACCACAAGACAGAUCAGUUUGGCAUGUGUCACCAUCAGGUAACCUCAUGACGUUUCCUUUCAUGAUUAUUCACUGUGAGUCAGCCGAUGAAACCAUACUGAACUCCAGCAUUUACAUGUCUUUGCAUAAAAAACAGAUAUGCUGCUCAUAUCUGGUUGCAGAAUAUCUGAUCAACGCAUGAGAACAUUCAACAGCCAUUUAAACCAAUGGUUUGUUUUAGCAUUUUUUUGAGCUCUAUUCCAUCACUUUGUUUCUUACCAGAACUGGAAAACUUUAUUCAGAGUGUUUGGUAACUAACUGAUUGGGACUUCUGGUGAUGAUGAAGGAAAUUUUUCUCGAGUACAGUUUGGAGUCACUCUCUGUAAAAAUGCCAGCACAGAACAUAAAUCUUUUAUGACUUAGUUUAAUCCUCUUUGUUCCCAGGACAAGUCGGGAAUAAUACAGAAGUACUAUGGCAACGGGCUGAAAUUUCUCACGGUGUUCCCUGAUGGUUCUGCUCAGGUUUUGUAUCCACAACUGAUUGAAAAUAGAUUCUCAUGUUCAGCUUUAGUACACGACAAGAUCGAUAAAUGAAAGUCGUCACAGAGAUUGUUAGAUAUGAAAUUAUACUUCAUAGCGGCUGUUAUCAUCCUUAUCACCAUGGCAACAGUUAUCCCUCAGGCCUCUUGGCUCUAAUUGUUGUGGUCACCAAACAAAAUGGAAGGGUCUGCAUUGUGUAUGAUGACAGCGCUGCCCCACAUCAACCAAUCAGAGCCGUGUUCCAGUCUGAUGGGAGGGCCACAUGUUAUCACAGUAACGGAAACACAUGGUACUGAGCAAAGUCUUUACACUGUUUUGACAUCAGAUAUUGUGUGGUAAUUUUUCUGAGUAAUUUGGUAUAAGAUGAUGGAGAUGUGUGUCUCUGCCACAGGCUGACUUUACACAGAAAAGGCGGUCAAUGUUUGGAUGAGGACGGGGCCAGGGUUUGUCGCUGGAGCUGGGCCAGUCCUUUGAAGCCUAUCUUCCUGUCCUUUAACAAAGCAAUAGGGGUUCGAGUCCUAGGACAAGAGCGAGUCUUUGUUUCUUUCCUGGUGGGAGGUCAACAGGCGAAGUUCAGCGUGGGUUCAUGCUGUGCUCAGGUGAAACACAACUUUGUCAAAAAACUAUCAGUGUUUGAAUCACUGAUAGGGGUAAAUAACCUCUGACAAUGUGUCGUCCCCAGGCUCAAUGUGAAACUAACAUGGCUUCUUCAGGACCAUCAGUAUUGAAGGAGGAGCUGUUUGUGUUGGCUGCAAGAAUCAGGAUGCAACUGCCCAUUCUGCAUCUACAUCGGGACCUGACCACACCCUCCGAACCCCUGCUGAAGAAGACCUCCCAAGCCUCUCUCCACCAUGCUGUCGCCCAAAAGCUUCUGGAAGUCAGUGCUACUGUGAUGAUGAGUGAGAGCGAAAGAGACUUCAUCCACAGUUGCCUAGAGGGAUAUGUGUGAUAUAGUACACUGACACAAUGUAAGCACGCCCAAUCAUGCUCUUCAGAGCAGGGGUUACUAAACAUUAAACCUUUUUCAUUUAGUUUGGACAUGUUUUUAAAUUCAGUAUUUUCUAAUUAAAUUUAGAUUUAUAAAAGCAGUUCUCUGGUGCAGGUAUUCUGCUUAAAACGAAGAGAGAAAUAAGCCUCAAAUAGAAUCUUUUACACACAGAUUGAUACAGCAAAAUGGAACUGCAUCAAAUAUUAGUCACGUUUCGCAUCUAAUUUAAUUUCCUUUUGUAAUUCAACAAUUGUUUUACACCUCACCACUCUGGCUUUACUUCUUCUUGUCAGAUGUUGUAGUUCUCAAUAACACACUUUGUUUUGUUUUUUUAAUCAGAUCAGUGCAGACCCUCCUAAAGACAUUACAGUGCAGCAGAUGGUUUAAAGGUAGACUUGUGACCUGGCUUGAAUCCUACUUCGUGUCUCGGGUUUCUCUUACCUAAACUGACCCACACCUUGGCGUCACUCAUCUAAGUCCCUUAUUCAGGCGUCUUGUUUUACACUUCUGUUGAUGUAGACUUUGGGUUUACCGCUCAUGCAGUGCAAAAAUCAGGAAAUCAUUAAAAACACACUACAGCUCCAUGGUUAAAUAGUUAC